UCCGGGGGGCGGGACAAGGCGAGGCCUGGUGGAGCGAGGCGGCGGCGCCGGGAGCGCAGAGAUGUGGAGCGAGACUCUCAGUGUUCUGCGGGGUGCUGCACGGGUGGGGAAGGCCAUUGCAGACACGCAGGGGGACCAGCUGCGGUUCGCUGUCUGCAAUUCUGUGCUGGGCGACGGGCUGAAGAGGCUGCAGGUCUCUGCAGAGCAAUGCAUCAGCUCGCUGCUCGUGGCAAGUGAGCGUGGAGUUCGCGAGUUCAAAGAGGAGCCGACUCCCUUCCCGGAGGAAGAUGAUGCUUCGCAGUGGAACCUGGCGUCGGAGAUGGCCCCGGAGUAUUCUGCCGGAGACACAGCGGGAGGGCACCGGAAGAGUCCGUCCGACGCUGGAGGGGCGCAGAGAGGUGGCGCCACCCCGUACCACGCGGGCGGAUUCAAGGCCGGCAGCCAGGACUUUGCGGGGCCAGCGGGCCCCGGGGUGGGGCAGACCCGGAGCUUCCACGAGGAGACCUCGGUCAGGGGUCUGACUCCCGAAGACAUCGCCAAGGCCAGGGACAACAAACAACACAGAGACAAGUGGAGUCAAACCAAAGGACCAAGGCAAAUAUUAAGCGACAGAGCUCGUGAAAGAAAAGUACCAUCGUCGCGAAUCAGUCGGCUGGCCAACUUCGGAGGUUUGGCAGUGAGUUUGGGGAUCGGUGCCUUGGCAGAAGUAGCCAAAAGUUCAUUGAAAGGAAGACAGAAAUCAAACGACAGUGAAGCACUCCUGGACUCCAACCCCUUCCUCUCCGAGGCAAACGCUGAGCGAAUUGUCGACACCCUGUGCAAAGUGCGGGGGGCGGCGCUGAAGAUGGGACAGAUGCUGAGCAUUCAGGACAAUAGCUUCAUCAACCCCCAGCUCCAGAAGAUCUUUGAACGAGUACGACAGAGUGCCGACUUCAUGCCGGCAUCGCAGACGAUGAAGGUCCUGAACGUGGAGCUGGGCCCGGACUGGCGAGACAAGCUGGCGGUGUUUGAGGAGAGGCCGUUCGCUGCUGCCUCCAUCGGGCAGGUGCACCACGCGGAGCUGAGAGAUGGUCGCGAGGUGGCCAUCAAGAUCCAGUAUCCAGGAAUCGCUCAAAGCAUCAGGAGUGACGUUGAGAACCUACUGUCGGUGUUGAAAAUGAGCAUCUCUCUGCCCGAAGGGUUGUUUGCGGAGAGCGCUAUUGUGGUGUUGCGACGUGAGCUGGAGUGGGAAUGUGACUACAUACGAGAGGCAGCCUGCGCCAGGAGAUUCAGGGAGUUGCUGAAGGACGAUCCUUUCUUCUACGUCCCAGCGGUGAUCGACGAACUGACAACAAAGCGGGUUCUUACCGCGGAACUGGUGACGGGCCUCCCCUUGGACAAGUGUGACGGGCUCGACCAGUGUACUCGAAACAAGAUUUGCUCCGGCAUCCUCGAACUCUGCCUCCGGGAAGUCUUUGAGUUCCGCUUCAUGCAGACCGACCCAAACUGGUCCAAUUUCUUCUUCGAUGCGGAGAAAGGGAAGUUAACUCUAUUGGACUUUGGUGCGAGCAGGGAAUUUGAUAAAGAAUUUACAGAUAACUACAUUGAGGUGGUCCGAGCUGCUGCGGUUGGUGACCGAGGGAAGGUCCUCCAGAAAUCCCGGGAUCUGAAAUUCCUGACCGGCUACGAGACAAAGGUGUUCGAGGAGGCUCAUGUUGAUGCGGUUAUGGCUCUGGGGGAGGCGUUUGCCGAGCGGGAAUCCUUCGACUUUGGAUCUCAGGGCACCGCCCGGCGGAUCCAGAGCCUGAUCCCGGUGAUGUUGAAGCACCGGCUGACUCCACCUCCCGAGGAGUCGUACUCCCUCCACCGCAAGAUGGCCGGCUCCUUCCUCAUCUGCUCCAAGCUGCAGGCCGCCAUCCCCUGCAAGCGCAUGUUUGACCAGAUCUACGCCAGGUACUUCAACCAACCGGAGGAAGAGCCCCUCAAGGUGAAGCGUCCAAUGGCGGCCUAGAUCCAGGAUAGGACUCUGGUUGGAUACAGUCUUCAAGGCUGACCUUGCUAUUGGUGGAUUGUCGGUGGACUCUCACCAACCAGGCACCUCCUUCCAUUGAAGUUCGGUGGUCAGCAUUGAGAACUGCAGGUGCUGGUUUAAACCACAGGUAGACAAAGUGCUGGAGUAACUCAGCUGGACAGGCAGCAUCUCUGGGGAGAAGGAAUGGACAAGGAAUGGCC